AUGGCGGAAGAAAAUAAAAAUGCUGUCGUCGCGUGCGAUCCGCCUACUAAUUUUAAUAAUUUAGAUGCUACUACAAAUUCAAACCAGCCAUUAGAGAGUAAAGGACACAAUAUAAUUGAUAUUUCAAUCGCUGCUGGAAAAGAAGAAAGUGAUAUUGUUCCUGUCAAAGUAGAUGAUUCUAAAAAUGCAAAUGUCAAUGUAAAACAAGAUUUAGUAAGAAACGGUUCGUGCGACGCUAUAGAUGACGUACGGUCUUUGGGAGACCUUGACAGUUUGCCUGUUGGAGAUGACUUGGUGUUAGGCGCAGCGGGAAGCGACAGUGGUGUAGAAGGAUGUGGCAGAGCUCUCAGUAGCGGCGGUGGAUCCAGAUCUUGUGCAUCUAGUGUUGUUUCAUGUGGAUCUGGAUGCGGAUCAGAGAGCUCUUCGUUAGCUGGAGCACCUCCGCGACCACGUCGUCGAGUAAACAUCACCGUUCAAGAACCUAAGAGAAGUUCACCGGUCAAUUCAUCAUCAAGGCCCGUAACAGCGCCUCGAGGCCCCAAUCUGGCAACUCGCGAGCGCGCAAGAAGUCGGGAAAAACCAACACCCCCAGAAAAACCGCGACCUCUAACACCUAAACCCAAAAUACGCCCCACAGCUGAUCUUCCCAACUUAGUUCGAGAAAGUCCAGCUCUUCGUGCCAAACCAACAAAAACUUCCACAGCAAGGUGUCGAACUCCUAAUUCUCCGGUGGAUGAAAAGAAAUGGCCAACCAACGGUCACGUGCAGCGACUACCAAAUGCAGCUGACGCCUCAGCAACACGCGUGGCAGCUGACAAAUACGGAACUUUACCACGAAGGAGAAGGGACGCUGAUCCGGAGUCAUCUCCAAAACAUGAAAAUAUACCGCCAACCUCAAGAAGGCCGACCGUCACACGGUCUGUUUCGUCUCGAUCAACUAAAACGCGUGUAAGGAUUUACGCUGAAAAAACAUGCCAGACGGUACUCGUAGGGGCUGAUAUUGAAUCGGCGCUCGCUGGAUUCGUGCCAAACAUUGAAAGACGGGAUGUUACCCUUUGUCACCGCGGAGUUCAGGCUAGCUCGCGGGAUACUGAGACAGCUCGUCUAGUAGCAGCAGUAGCGGCAGCAGAGGCAGCAGCAGCUGAGGAGAGGGAGAGGAGACAGCACGUCGAAACGCAGCUAGCUGCUGAACGAUCAGCAAGACUCGCUGCCAUUUCAGAGUUAGAGAGAAACUCACAGAGAUUGCUUGAACUAGCCGGCGCUGGCGCUGGUGCUGGCGCUGAAGGUUGUCUGCGAGCUUUGGAAGAACAACUUCGAUCAGCUCGGGAACUGUCCACACGACAACGGACAGAAAUAGACUCGCUCAGAGAACACUGUGAUAAACUACACGCGGAGUGGUGUCGCGUGCGUGAGUCUCGUCGUGUAUUGUCCGCUCGUCUGUCAGAAGCGGAACGCGAGGCUGCUGAGAUGCAAGACUUCCUCGCCGCAGAGACUGGAGCCUUGGGAGACUCGCUCAGGGACGCUGAGGCGGAGAUUGAAAGAUUAGCUUCUGAACUAGAGCGACGACGCGGCGAGUGUCGUCAGCUAGUUCGUAUGUGCGAGCAGCGCCGCCAGGAGGCGCUAGCGGCGAGCGCGCGGGCUCGGCGCGGCGCGGGCGCGGCGGCCGCUCUGGACGCUCUCGCCCGCCGCCUGCACGCGCUCACCGAGGCCGUGCGUGCGGCAUACCAGCUGCCCGCACAUAUCGUGCAUCCGACGGUCUUCCAUAAUGAGGCUUAUUGCAGUCGUAGCGACAGCGGCGAGACCCUCUCUCCGUCAGAGGAGCCCCGCGGUCUUUUAGGCGCGGUGUCCCGGGCGCUCCGGUCAGCUUGCACGCCUCUCGUACACAUGAACCACGAAGACGAUCGCUCCAGACUCUCCGAUGACAAUGACAACUCCGCUGACUUAUUGGACUCAGAGACCGAACCCUGUCUCGUCACGGAUCCAGAAUACGCGGAGGACUGGUGGUCGGGGGCGGAAGGCGCGGAGGGGGGGGAGGGCGCCGCCGGCUCGAGCAACGACGACCUCAGCCCGGAGAGGGAGUCCGCGGGAGAUAACGACAGAGAAGUGGAGGGGUCUGCUGAGUCUUCGGUGUCGGAACGGGAGUCGCUUCGAAAGUUAUCAGCGGCUAUCUCGAGGCAGCGCUGGGAGGCUGAGGCGGAGGCAGACGAGGCGGCGCGUGGAGCUCUGCUUGAUAGGGUGUUGUUGCUUGACUUGCGUCUGGCCGACCUCUUGCGAGCUCUAGCAGCCGCCGCCUCGGCCUCGGCGACCUCGACUACCGCCGCGACCUCUUCACCAGACACCACCGCAGCACUCGUCAAUGCACUCAGAGACAAAAUAGAGGUUACAGAAAAGAAUGUUGCCGACGUUGUUGUGAAGAAACUCGCCGAGCUUGAAGCUUGUAAGAACCUCAUAGAGCAGUACCAACAAAAUAUAGAAGCGCUCAAAAACCAGGUCGUUCAGCGCGUUGAAGAAGACGAUACUGAGCUAAUAGAACAGGAAUUAAACUCUUGUGAUCCAAAUGAGCGAACUCGGAGAUGCGAAGCCGUGGAAGCGGCGUUGAGUGCCUUACCAGCACGUCCGCGUCUGUUGCCGCUCCGCGCCCGACUGCAGCGGCUGGCGCGAGCGUUGGCCCCCGCGUCUCCCCCCACCCCUCCCUCCGCGCACGCCUCACCCGCCGCCACACCGACCGCCUGCACAUAA